GCGCGUCCCGUUGCCGGGUGAGGCGGUGCCGCCAUGGCCGCGCCGGGAGCGGGGCUGGGAGCGGGAAAGGCUGCCCCGAGUUUUAAGUCCUUUAUUAAGGGUUUUGAGGUCCCUGCCCAGUGAAGCCACCUGUGCUGCGAGACGUGUGUGAAAUGUAUAAGGAAACAGAGAACCUCAGUCCUGAAGUUUAUUCUCAGUGCUUUGUGAGGUUCAAGAAGACCUUCACAAACUUAAAAUGGAAAAUAUCAACCUGAAAGGAACAAUGGAAGCUGUGGAUAUCAGUGACCUCAGAACAGCACCUGAAAGAACUGAACUUGGGCUGAGAAAAUGUGCUGAAAAUUAUUUAAACACUAUAAGUGGACAAGUGUUACCUGUUUGUUCUGCUGGUAAUAAAGAAGUAAAUUCAAAAGAGCCCCCUAAAUGGGCCCUUCCUUCUGGGGCUUCUCAGAAGCAGCUGGUUUUACCUCGAGUCCCUGUCGAGCCUGUGACUGUCCAGACAUGCAGCAAAGCAGCCCCACGUGUGUCUCAAGGUUCUCAGCAGCAGGUGGAAAUGGAUAUUAAAAUCAUGCUUGACCCAGAGAACAUGGAAAAUAAAGCUGGUUUAAAACAUCAGAAUGAUGAGAUCAGGCUGCCACUUAUAACUAAGAAAAAAUCUGCUCCUAUGUGCAGUCAGAAGACAGGGAAAGGCCACACAGUUGCCACCCUUUGGGGUUUCCCUGCCUUUCCACCCGUGGAUUCUCCCUUACCCCUGCUGGAAGAGGACACCCCAAAAGGUGCUCUGAGCCUAACUGGCCAAAGGCUUAUCCUUCCAGCAGCAAAGAUAACUCUGCAGACCCCUCCUGUUGUAUCCAAGGCAGCACCUUCCCAGGAAUUUCCCAGGCAGCACAAGAAAUCAGCUGUAGGAGAGAUUAUUAGCAGUAGGCUGGACCCUGAGAAUACAGACACCACCACCUUCCCAAACUCCAAGGAAGCAAUUUCUGGCACAUCUUCCUCUAGCAAAGGUAACACUGCAGCACUUCCAUCCAGCAGCUCCGUGGUUUCAACAAGGAAAUCAAAGCCAGUGCGGACAUAUCCAGCUCAGCAGUUGGAAUGUGAGGGGCAGAUUCCCUCUCAGACACAGCCCCCACAAACGCCUCCAUGUCAGUCCUCACAGGAUCCACGCCUGGACUGGGACAUUGUUGUUUGCCAUGGCACAGUAGACCCGAGAGCUCCAGGUUUUCUGGCACUCAAACAACAUCAUCCUUUGUCCUGGGGGAGCAUUGUGGCUUUUUUGGAACACGCAGAAAAGCUUCUCAAGGACUUCUCCGUCCCCUUGGCCACGAUCAGCGGCAAAAAAUUGGCGCGAGUCGCCUCAGACUUCGAGCUCGACGAGAAUCCUCCCGAAAGUGCCAUUUUGUCAGUGAUAAAGAAUCAGUCAACUGUGGCAAAGAUCUUAAAUCGACCUGGCCAAAGCUCCAAAGGCCGAGGGGGUGCUGAAAUGGCCGCCACGAAGAUCCAAAGAGCGUGGCGACGUCACCGGGCCGGAAAAGCCGCCGCGCGUUCCAGGCGGCGGGAAUGGGCAUCAGGUGUGAUCGGCGCUUCCUGGCGCUCCUGGAAUCACAUGGCACGUGUGAAAAACACCCUGAGGGAAGCACGGCACAGACACCUGGAGAAUUUUUGCAGCAGGGCCAAGCAUCUGGCAGCCAACUGGAAUCGCAUCAGGACCUCCAGGAGGACUAUUAUCCAUAUCCCAUCAUUAGGAUAUUCCCAACGCAUCCGUGAGCACAUCCCUGAUCUUGCUCUGCAGCAGAACAUGCAGAUGGGAAGGCUGUGUGACAUCCUGGAUGCCAACGUGGACGUCAUCUACAUCUGCCCCCUUCCUCUGAGUGAGGAGUUGCUGCAGUAUUACAAUAAACUCCUGGGUCUGCAGGCAGCUGUUAGAUCUGGGAACCCCGAGGCCAUGGGUGACCUGCAGGACAGGUUCAGGAUUCUCACCCCCGAAGCCAUAAACAGCUUCCCCCAGCAUCACAUGUGCCUGGCCACUCAGCUCAAGUACAGUCCCAAGACAAUCCAGAGGAUCCAGGUUCUCAUCCAGAGCAGGGAUGCCUACGUGGUCGGGGGAGUUCCCCACGCCGAUGACCUGGCGGUGGCCGACAUGCUCGACGUGCCCGUGCUGGGCCCGGGGCCAGAGGUGGCUCAGCUCUACAGCACCAAGUCUGGCAGUAAAAGGAUUUUUGCCAGUGCUCGUGUGCCAACCCCUCCUGGAGAAUCUGACAUCCACAGCAGGGAGCAGCUGAUUCGUGCCCUCAGCCAGCUCAUCGUGGACAACGUGGAAGUGCAACGCUGGGUGUUGAAGAUGAAUGAGGAGCGUGGAGGAAAUGGCACUGCCUAUUGUGAUGUGAUUUCCCACUUGGAAUGCUGCCACUGGCUCCAGAAGGAAUGGCAGAGCCACGGCCCUGAGGGGUGGAGUAGGAGCCAGGCACGUGAGCUGGCUUUGGUGAAGAUCUCCCAGGAGCUGCCGGGCCUUUUAGCACAGCACGUACAGCCAGUCAAUGAGAAACGAUUCCCUACAUGGGAAAAAUUCCUCCAAACAUUCCUCACUCAAGGUGGAGUGAUCGAAGCCUUCCCGUUCUCCAGCACCGUCACCAGCCUGACGGUGGAUCUGCUCAUAGAGCCAACAGGAGAGAUCAGGAUCGUGUCCUCUGGGGACCAGCUCCACGCUGAGGGGCCCUUCAGAUCCUCUGGGAGCUCCAUCCCACAGCGCUCCGUGGAUCCAGCGGUUCUCAACUCGCUCUGCUGGAGAAUUGGGGAUGCCUGUAGAUCUAAAGGGGUGCUUGGCUACUUCUCCGUUGACUUUGUGGCUUUCACCCAUCCCCAAACCAUGGAGCAGCAGGUGUGGGCAACAGACCUUGACCUUUGCUACAGUGACCAGCUGGCCCUGACCCAGCUCCUGUUGUACGUGACAGAUGGAAACGUGGAUUGUGGCUCCAGCCCCCUCGAAGCACCUCUUGGGUCACAGGCAGUGAAAAGCCAAUGGAUUCAGCGUGAGGGGACAAAACCUCCUGCCCCGGUGAGCCCCCGCUGUGCCGUGGCCAGCACUCAGCUCAGGCACUCCAACCUCUCAGGGACCUCCUACAACGUCCUCCUCCAGAGGUGUAAAGCUCGUGGGGUUGGAUUUGACCUCCAGGAAAAACAGGGAACAGUUUUUAUCCUAUAUGAAGACCAGAAGCGACACAGACUGGGAUUGAUAACAAUCGGAGAGGAUCUCCAGGGGGUCCUCCUGACCUUUGCUCGCAAUCUCUUCAUCAUCCAUCAAGAAAUAUCAGCACCUAAUAUGCAAGGCGAGACCAAUUUUAAGAUGGCAAUUCAAGAUAUUGAAGCAAUUCUAGGAGUUACAGCAGAAAACAAACUGAAAUUGGAAGAAGAGCAACCUUGGGAAGCAGAUGCUCUGAAAGAAUAGUUAACAGAAAAUGUUUAAGUGCCUGAUUCCUUAUGCUUCUGGAAGUGCUUCCUCAUCUGUAAGAACAGGUUUGGUUUUUUCCUCCUGGGUUGGUGUGUGAAGCAGCAUUAACUGAGACAGAACAUCUCCAUCAUUUCUGGGUGUGGUGUUUGGAAUAGCCCUUCAUUCCC